GGGGCAGGGGCAGUGGGUCAGCGCUGAACCUGCCUGCCUCAUUCUGCGGGUGAUUCUGGUCCUGUGAGGAGCUGUGCGAGUGGUGCAGUAAUGCGGGCCCAGUUUGCCAGCGGGACAUUAACAGAUCUGCAGCGUGUGAAUCUGCUGGAGGAGCUGCUGCAGGCUCAUGAGCGCGCCGUGGAGAAGCGCAAGGCUGAGGCCAGGGAAUCCUUGAUGAAGGUGAGCAGAUGUCCCCUCGUGUGGGUCUGCAGCUCCAGCCCUGUGGGCACUGGUUGCCAUGAUGGAGGGGGCAGGAGGGGACAACGGCAUGGAGCUGCCAUCAGACGGAGCUCCGUGGGAGUGCGGAUGCCGUGAUGGCCGCUCCUCUUCUCCUUUCCCGCAGGAUGCCCAGCAAAUACGUGAAAAAAGAACGACUGCCACGAAA